GAGAAGACAGAGAUUCAAAAGAAGACGUCGUCUCUUCUUUCUUCUCCAUCCUCACGCGUUCUUCGUCCACAUACGGUGGCUCGCCGGGAUCCGAUCUCUCACGGUGGUGGAUUUUUCCUCCACGGCAGUGAAGGCGCGCCGGAGGCCAACGACGUGGUUCUGUAUGCUUCUCUGCGACUCCAGUUUUUGGUACAUCUAAAAGCUGCUGAUUCCUGAACUUUGGCGAUGGAGAGGGUAAACGCUCCAUUUGAGGGGAUUAUUAAAGACUUCAAAGGAAGAUGCCAAUGCUACAAGCAAGAUUGGAUCGGUGCUUUCCAGUCCGGUGUGAGGAUACUGGCUCCAACUCUAUACAUUUUCAUCGCCUCUGCACUUCCUGUAAUUGCUUUCGGCGAGCAGCUAAGUAGAGAGACAGACGGAAGUCUCGGCAUAGCGGAAACAUUGGCCUCCACUGCUCUAUGUGGAAUCAUUCAUUCAAUAUUUGGAGGACAGCCUCUAAUGUUACUUGGGGUUGCAGAACCCACAAUUAUAAUGUAUACAUAUCUUCACAGUUUCAGCAAAGGCAGGCCGGAUUUGGGUCAGAAACUCUACUUAGCGUGGGCAGGAUGGGUCUGUGUCUGGACUGCAGUUUUGCUCAUGCUUCUUGCAAUUUUAAACGCAAGCAACAUCAUUUCUAGGUUUACCAGAAUAGCAGGAGAACUCUUUGGCAUGUUGAUAACCGUUCUUUUUAUCCAAGAGGCUGUCAAGGGGCUUAUUAGCGAGUUCCGUGUUCCUAAAGCCGAAGAUCCUAGAUUGGAAGAGUAUAAGUUCCAGUGGCGAUACACAAACGGACUGCUUGCUGUUAUUUUCUCAUUUGGUCUUCUUUUCACUGCCCUGAAAAGCAGGAGAGCGAGAUCAUGGAAAUAUGGCUUUAGGUGGAUCCGAAGUUUUGUUGGAGAUUAUGGAACUCUUCUUAUGGUCGUCUUGUGGACAGCAUUGUCUUACACAAUCCCCCGGGAAGUUCCUUCAGCAGUUCCCAGGAGGCUGGAGUGUCCUCUUCCUUGGGAACCUGCCUCCUUGUAUCAUUGGACAGUUGUCAAGGAUAUGGGAAAGGUCCCAAUGAUUUACAUCCUUGCUGCUUUCAUACCAGCAAUCAUGGUUGCGGGUCUGUACUUCUUUGAUCAUAGUGUCUCUGCACAAAUGGCUCAGCAGAAGGAGUUUAAUCUGAAAAAUCCACCCGCUUAUCACUAUGACAUUUUUGUUCUGGGAAUUAUGACAUUAAUCUGCGGUCUGCUUGGACUUCCUCCUUCAAACGGGGUUAUUCCGCAAUCCCCAAUGCACACAAAGAGUCUUGCAGUUCUAAAGAGGCAGCAAAUGCGAAAGAAAAUGGUCGAAAGUGCAAAAGAAUGCAUGAAGAAGAAAGCAAGCCAUUCCGAGAUCUACGGGAGGAUGCAAGAUGUGUUCAUAGAAAUGGAGACAUCCCCAAAGGCUGCUUCAGUGGAGCAAGAAUUAGAGAACUUGAAGGAAGCAGUGAUGAAAGCUGAAGAUGGAGGAGAUGCAAAAGGGAAAUUCGAUCCUGAGGUUCAUAUCGAAGCGCAUUUGCCCGUUAGAGUUAACGAGCAAAGAGUGAGCAACCUCUUGCAAUCCAUCCUCGUGGGCUUGUUGAUUUUGGUCGUGCCUGUCAUCAGAAUGAUCCCCACUUCAGUUCUCUGGGGAUACUUUUCCUACAUGGCCGUGGAUAGUCUCCCAGGGAAUCAGUUCUGGGAAAGACUUCUAUUGCUAUUGGUCACUCCUAGCCGUCGUUUCAAGGUCUUGGAGGGUCUACACGCAUCGUUUCUCGAGAUCGUACCGAGCAAGUCGAUUGUUGCGUUUACGCUCUUCAUACCUCUCGUCUGUUAUGGGGUUACUUGGAUACCGGUAGGUGGAAUAUUGUUUCCCCUGCCAUUCUUCUUCCUCAUCGCCGUACGACAGUACAUCCUCCCCAAGCUAUUCGACCCGACGCAUCUUCAAGUUCUUGAUUCUUCCGAGUACGAAGAGAUCAUAGGCGUACCACAACGAAACCCGAGUUUCACCUACAGGGAACCAAGAGAGCAACAUAUCCCGUUGAUGACCGAGAGCGAAGAAGACGAGUUUUACGACGCCGAGAUUCUUGACGAGAUCACUACCAGCAGAGGAGAACUCAAGCUUAGAACCAUGAGUUUCACGGAGGACAGAUCCCAGAUGGUUUAUCCAGAAGACAACGGGCAAGGACAAACAAGACCGUCUUGAAAACUGAAGCUUAGAACCACGACUUCUACAGAUGACAGAUCCAAAAUGGUUUAUUCAGACGAAAAUGGACAAGGGACAAGCAAAGACCAUCUUGAAAACUGAAGAACAAGUACAAAUGUAGAGCAAACUGACGGAUUUCAACGGCUUAGGAAACAUUUUAUUGUGAAGGGGAAGAGUUUUUUUUUGGGUGAAAAUAUUUUUUUUUUUGGGAAGCCCAAUCAUUAAUUAGUCAUCCAGAAAAUUUGUGAAUCUGCCAUUUGUACGACACAAAGAAUAGAAGAAGAAACACACUGAAACGUUCCAUCGACUUU